AUGGGCAAAGCUGCUUACAAAUGCUGUGUGAAAGGAUGCACCAAUAUAGGUAAGGUAUUUUAUUAAUUGUUGCCAUAAGCUAAUAUAAAUCUGUGAUUAAUAUUAAAAAUAUCAUUACCUUUAAGGUGGCAUUUCACAUAGAUUUCCUAAUCCAAGAAAAAAUUUACAACUCCAAAAAAAGUGGAUUCAACUUUUAGGAUCUGAUGAAUUUAAAGGGUUAUCACCAAAUGAUAUUUAUUAUAAAAAAAGAAUAUGUUCCAUCCAUUUUAGUAGCAAUUGUUACAGUGCCGGUACUAAAGUUCUAAACUUUAAUGCGGUUCCUUCAUUGAACCUAAGUAAUAAUUAUUAUUCAAUAGUAAUAAAUUAAUUAAUUUGGUAUACAUUUAUUUUAUUUCAUUUGUCUAGUGGUUAUUGAUGAAAUUUCUUCCACUGAUACAAAUGAAACCAAUAAUUGUUGUAAUUUGGCUGAGACCAAUGAAAAUCCAAGUAGUACUUGCUCUAUUAAACCUACUGGUAAAUAAAGUCAUUAAAUUUCAUUAAGACAUUAGUAGAAUGUUUCUGAAGAAUGCUCCUACCCAAACUAGAUCUAUUUAUAACAAAAAAAAAGCGAAGAGUGGGUCCAUGAUGGAACCAACUGAAAAAAAAAAAUAGAAGGAUCUCAAUAACUCCACUCCCAGAUUCAAUCACAGUCAAGUCAGUGAAACAUUCUAAAGAAAAUCAACCAAGACAUAGACAUAGAGACAAUCGGCGCACAGGUAUUGUCGAUUAUUAAAAGCCGAAAAGGAGAACUUAAUCAGACUGAGUUCCAAAGACAUCAAGAGAUCAGAAUACGGCGUUAAGAAACAAUCUCAGGUCAAGUGCUGUGCAAGUUCGGUUAUGUUGAAAUACAAGACUUAGACUGCGUGACAAGGGACAUAGAAGUGGAGAAAUGCAUCCGGAAAACUUGUAGGCGUAUCCGUAGACGAUCAGUCCAUUAAAGUUAAAAGCAUCUACCAAUCCUUUAUGAGGACACAAAGAGCUACUGUCAGUUUUAAGAGCGUAGAUGCACUGAAACUGUUAGAGAGAGAACUUAUCAAAGUAAUGUGGAUCAGCGCCAGAGUAAAAUUAAAAGUCAGUUCUAUAAAGAGGUUCAGAUGCCUUGGCUAUGACCACACCAGAUACUCCUGCAAAAGACCAGAUCAUUUUGAAGUCUUCAGAGAAGACUCCUACUUAAUGAAGGCCAGUGGAGAAUUGACAUCAUAA